AUGUCAACCCCCGAGAAAGUUACAUUCCCCUCUCGAGCCUACAAGCUCGCCGGUCUCUUCUAUCCUCCAGUUGCUGGAUCACCCGAUCGCGCGGGGGCCUCAAUCGUGAUUGCUCAUCCUUGGACAUCUAUCAAAGAACAAUCCCCCGCCAAUUAUGCUCGAGUCCUCACCCAGGCCGGCUUCACCUGUUUGACCUACGAUGCCGCAUACCAAGGAGAGUCCGAGGGCGAGCCUCGAGACUUAGAAGAUCCUUAUCAACGUGUUGAAGACAUUAAGUGUGCUGUGACAUACCUUGUUGGCCGUAAAGAAGUGGACUCCAACAAGAUCGGUGUCCUGGGUAUCUGUGCAUCAGGUGGCUACGCUCCUUUCGCUGCCCAGACAGAUCUUCGCAUCAAGGCUGUCGCGACCUCCGCAGCUGUAUGUGUGGGCACAAUGGCCCGCCGAGGAUUUGACAAGGAUUCGUCCAACCGGGAGAUCUUGAAAACGCAGCUUGAGGCUGCUGGGAAAGACCGCAACAGCGAUUUGGGAGGCGAGAAGAUCCCUGCCGUGCAUAUGCUCCCGGAGAAGCCUGAAGAUGCGCCGGCUGAAAUGCCCGAGUCAUUCAGGGACUUGAUGAGCUACUAUCGUACUCCAAGAGCUUUCCAUCCUCGUGCCACCAACACCACUUUGGCGAGGGGCUGGGAUAUCAUGGCCAACUUCGAUGCGUUCGCACAUAACUACUUGAUCAGCCCACGCCCCCUGCUUAUGAUCACUGGUACCAAGGCCGCUACGAAGUGGCAGAGCGAGGAGGGUGUGCAGAAGGCUCACGACCCCAAGGAGCUAUUUGUUAUCGAUGGACUUACUCACGCUGACUUAUACGACAAAGUUGAUGAGGCUGGGGCUAAGCUGGUAGACUUCUUCGGAAAGUCUUUGGUAUAA